ACGCUAUUCAAUAUGGCUGCGCCCUGCACGGAUCAACAGGUCUGAAGGUAACCGAGUUCUCUCCGGAUAAAGCUGACUUUUUUAUGCUUUAUCAAAUAUAAAAUAAAAUCUGUGUGCUCGUAACUGAGGAUCGAAAGUUUUGGAAGUGCUGCAGACCUUAAAAUAACGCUGUCAGCUUUUGUGGUCGCUGACAUGUUGAACUCCAAAACACACAUCAGACUGACAGCUCAGCUGUUAGCAGGUUAGCACAACAGCCUGCUAACUGAGAGCUGGUUUUAGUCAAGUUAGUCAGGACGCAGGGCUGCGGGUUUGAGGAGGAGGGGGGGGGGGGGUCUAGAAACCAACGUUUAACCUAAACUGGAGCUGGAGCUGUUUAGGUAAAGUACCUGUAAUCCAGACUAGAUACUCCUUUAACUUUAUUUUAUAACUAAAAACAGAGAGAGAGAAGAUUACGCAACAUGUAGUCAGCAAAGUAAACGGCACAGCCAUCCAGGUAUCAAGGUACAUUCUGUCAUAUCUUGGUGUCCAAAAUACACCUCAGCAGGUGUGUUUAAGUCACAGCAUGCUGUCAGUACCUAGAAGUGUAUGAUAGUAAAGUUUUAUUAAAAGUAUUAUGAAAGAAACCUGAUUUAAAAUACAAACGUUAAUGUAAACAGUCCGUCGACUUACAACAAUGUUUGUAUUUUUUGAGGUGGUAGUGUUUGAGUUCUAUUCUGGUUUACUUAAUAAAUUAUGCUCAGUUGGUAUGUUUGGACUUUUUGCUUGCAGUGCCCAUUCACUUAAACUUUUACUUACUACUUUUCCUAUAUUAUAACAGCACCACUUGUUGAAAACCCUCUCGUGCUAUUCCUUUUGUUGACAUUUUCCUCUCACUUUAGCUAAUACUGUUACGGUUUUGCAGUUUGUUUACGUUUUUUUUUUUAAUUUGUUUGAUGUUUACAUUUUUGUACAUGUUUUGCUGGUUUUGGCACGUUUCUUCUUAUUUACUCUGCAAGUGACUGCACUGUCAUUUAUUUACCACCUAUCUGAAAUUUUGUGCUUUUAGAGAUUUUAGUUCAUAUAAAAUUAUUGUAUAACAAAAAAACUUUUGCCACAUUGUCAACAGGAAGAAGUGAAGUCAUACAUAGUGCUGCAACUCCUUUCUGCAAAUUGAUUUAAGGUGCAAGGUGUGCCAGUAGCCUACUCAAGUCCAGGGCUCAGACUCGAGUCCGACUUUGGUCCGACUCGAGUCCAGAUAUGCCGAACUUGUGACUGGACUCGGAUUUGUGCGCUGAUGACUCGGACUUGGGUUCAGACUAGGACUCUGGCUGCAUUGGGACUUGGAGGAGGACUCAGGCUUAUUUAUCAAUGAAUUCUUUGUUAUUUUUUAUAUUUUAUUUAUUAAUUCUUUCCGGUAUAAGAUCCUAAUAACAGAUCUGUCCUCAGCCUACAGCGGGUACAUGUGUUUGUUUACUUGUAUGUGCGAUCAUUUACCAACAGUGCGCAACAAGAUGUCGAAGGAGAUGCCACAGAUUAUGCAGUUAGCUUUCAAAUAUUUUACCACAAACGCUGGUAAAUGUAGAGCAACAUGUUCAUUGUGUAAAAGAACUGUUGAAAAGACAGGGACAGUGUUGAACCUUAACAGACAUCUGUCACAUCUCAUUUUUUUAUUUGUAAAAACAUUUGUUAUUAUUUAAUAGAUAUGUGAGACGAAACAUUAGUCCUUGUGUUGUCUCCUUUUGUAGUGAUAUGCCUCUGGCUUUAUUUGAGGUUUAUUGUUUUACUUGUAGGAUCAUCAGUUUGUGAUUCACAUACACCAAAAAUUACUAGAAUGCAGGUAGGGCUGGGCGAUGAAAUGAUAACAAUAUAAUAGAAAAGUAAUUUCCCUCAAUAUCAAUAUAAAACAUGGUCAAUAUGCGUUUCGAUAGUUGGCAUUCUGCCAUGUUUUGGUAGACUAUACGAAUAGCCAAUGAAAAGGGGAGUUGUUCCGGGUCCGCUUAGUGUUGAACCAAUCAUGUGCCAAGUAGCAAACGACUGCGUAGUAUCAGGCUGCAGCUACACACAACCAUAGCACUUUAACAGGUGAAGCCAACAGCACUGUUGAUGAGAAAAAUAGGAAAAUGAGUGCAACCCCCAACAGAAAUGUAGAUGAAGGCUUAACAGAUGAUGACAUCGUGGACAACACUGGCACAUGAAGCAGAGUAAUGUGCACUGCAAAUUAUGUCGAGUACAUGUUCUCACAAAGUUGGGGAAUACCUCAAAUCUUUUUCACCUCCUGAAGCAGUGCCACACAGCAGAGCACGCGCAAUGCAAAAGGUUACAAACCCCGAGCAGAGCAAGGAGCCCAUGGCACCUGUGCAGCUGAAACAGCCGACCAUUCCACUUUCUCUAGCGUAACACCUUACGACAAAACGUCAGUAGCUUGUUGUAUUGUAAAAGACUUGCUGCCAAUAAGCACUGUUAAAUUUCAUUUAAGAGUAACAGGGAACAUUUAAGAUUGACAAGGGAUUUUUUUAUAUCAUGAUAUAUUUUGAUAUCGACUGAUAGGAAAAAAAAACAUAUUGUUAUAAACUUUUUCCCAUAUUGCCUAGCUCUAGGUGAUAUACAUUGAUAUCGACUGAUAUGAAAAAAAUAUAUAUAUGACAUGUUUUUAACUUCACAAAUGUUCAUCCUUAAACAGGUACUUCAGCAACAUUACGUGAAUAAAUGCUGACUGCAGGUGCGUUCAGCAUAAAGACUAUUCUCAUAAAUUGGGUGUAGUGUAACUUAAUUAACUUUUCCAGUCUAUGCAAUUCAGCCAAAGUUUCUAGAUAAUCUUUACUUAACUGCCACACUGUAAAAUUCAGAUCAACAGACACUAAUUGAAAUAUUCAUUGAAUGUGUUUUUUGCACAUCAAAAUUGUGUAACACAGUCAGCCCAGGUUUACACAGUAAGUAAUUUGGAGUCAAACAGCAGCAUUCCUCAUCCUGAACUCAUUCUUGGCUAUAGUCAUUAAAAUAUUUUAUUUACUAAAAGUUAGAUACAGAAAGUUUUAUGACGUGGGUUUCAUGCCUCCUGAUAAGUCAUAAAUGCAGAAGAAAUGUCAUAGAAUUGGCUAAAAUACCUUGCAAUAUGUGCAGUAGUGACAUUUCUGCACACAUCAUGUAGGUAACAGCAUGCUUUGCAGCAUUCAAAUUUUUUGCUUUAUGAAAAGGAUUAUUUGAAACAGUAGGCCAUCAGCAAUUGAAAGUGUGCAUUCAACUGGGCCUGGACUUAACUCAGGGAAGAGGACCCUGACACAGGACUUAGACUCGACUCUAAUAUUUUCUUUGGCGACUCAAACUCAACUCAGACUUGACCACUGAGGACUUGAGACUCGACUCAGACUUGAGUUUUGGUGACUCGACUACAACACUGGUGCGAGCAGUUUGUCCCGGGUCCUGCAGCGUAAACAGAAAGUUUUAAAUACAACGAAAGACAAAACAUGGUUAAAGACAGGUUUAAAAGAGUCUAACGAAAGUGUGUAACUAUCAUAACCCUGGUGUGUGUUUGCAUGUGUGUAGGUGUUCAUGAUGUCCAGGGAGCAGGUGAGUAUCAAUGAGCUCCUGCUCUCAUUGGACAGCUCAGAGCUGCAGGAGGUGGAGCAAGUGAGAGCAGCAGUCAACCAGCAGCUGAACACAGGUGAGUCUACCUGUCUGCCUCCCUCAGCACAGUCUCACUACCUCUCUUUGUGUUAUGGUAGAGAUGUAGUUACACUAAAUUUGCUCCAGACAUCUUUACCUGUCUCCACCUUCAGUGUGACUGUAGUUUCUCAUGUUAGACAAAGGAGGCACUGUCCUCUCCUCACUGGUGGAGUAUUACCUGGACUCGUCUUCCUCUCAGGCCGUCCUCCUGCUGUCCUCCAUCAGAGAGCCUCAUCAUAAGGUCAGCUGAUUCCCACACACACACAGUCUGAUCAUUAACACUCAUAUAGGUGGUGUGUAUGCUGUAAUAAUCUCUGUGAACUCACCCGUCAGCACCUGCUGGAGAAGCUCAAUGAGGCUCUGAACAGACCAGGAACUAGACUGGCAGGUCUGACCUUGCUGGGUCACCUGAUCAGGAAACAGCCUCCCUGGGUUCAUCACAUCAGCCGCUCGCCGCUGCUGCCCUCCCUGCUGCGCUGCCUUAAGGUAAAGAAGGAAUCUCCCACACUGGUGCUCAUAACAAUACACGAUGAUAACAAUACACACUUUUCAUCAGCAGCCGACCAAAAUCAGCUGAUGUUGAUCACGUGGAAGCCGAUAUACACAGACUUAAAGGUUUCUAAUGUAAAUACAGCCCUUCACAUCUGUUUCCUGUCUCCUCAGACUGACACUGAUGUUGUAGUCCUGAUCACUGGAGUCCUGGUUCUCAUCACUCUGCUGCCCAUGAUCCCUCAGGCCGGGAAACAGCACAUAUACGACUUCUUUGAUGUGUUUGGACGCCUCGCCUCCUGGAGCUUCAAAAACCCUGGUAGCACAAACACACACAGACCUGAUUGCAGAGUCUUUAAAAAUGACAUCACUUGAACUAUGUGCAGGACGAGAGAACCCAAGCUGUGACUAGUCCACAUUCUUUGUUGGUUGUGUCAUGCAGGUCAUGUCCCCGUGGUCCACCUGGUUCACCUGCAUGCAGGUGUGUACUCUCUAUUCCACCGGCUGUACGGGAUGUUCCCCUGUAACUUCAUCUCCUACCUGAGGCUGCACUACAGCAUGAAGGAGAACCUGGACACCUUUCAGGAGGUUGUCAAGGUUGGUACACACAGGCAGAGUCCCCUAUAGACCUGUACAGACCUACAGAGACUUCUGAGGACAAAUAGGGACCACUAUAGACCAUCAAAGAGAGGUACAGACUAACAGAGACCAAUAUAAACCAGUACAAACCAAGCAGCAACCUCUGGUGCCAGUGCAGAGUUAUGCAUAAACCUACAGGAGGUUUGUUCUAAAGUGUACUACUGUUUGCAGUAUGGUUCAGGUCCACCACCUCUUUGUGUCCUGAGGUAGGUCUGUGCUCCCUAAACUCCAUCCAUGCAUCCCCCACCUGCAUCAGAGUCCCUCCUUUCAGAGAUGUAUGGAGAGAUGCAAGAAAACAAGGAGAGGAAGAGAAGAAAUGAAAGAUUAUAUUUCACUUUUUCUUUGCCAACACUUCCCUUCCUGUUUCCAUCCCUCAUAACAGAGUUCAUAUGUCAGUCCAGUAACAGAUCCUGAACUGGUUUCCAGUGCUGCUGCCAGACAGCCGGUAUGACGCACAGAAAUAGCUCCUGUACGUACCAGCUGCUACGUUUUUCAGAUAACUUGAGCUGGAGCUGAAACGCACACCAGGAGCAGAUCCAAAAGCUGCUGUGAGUCUGUAAAUACUACAGUUCCCAUGAGCCUCAGCUGCUGAAACUACUGUGAAAAGAAAAAAAGGAGAAUAAAUGUUUAAAUUUUUCCAGUGGUAUCAUCUUUGUUUUAAGUUCAGAGUUAGUACAAAGCACACUCACGUAACAUCAAUCCUUCCUUACAUCCUACCUCCUACCUUUCUCACUUUCCUUCCUUGUCUCCUUCAUAUCUCUCUCCCUACCUUGGCUUUUCCCUCUUUACACUGGAAUGCACUCUGAGAGUUGUAGUUUGCAGACUUUUCAUUGGUCUGACUUUUUAAGAAAUAAUCAGAAGACAGUAAAAUCUCUCUUCCCUCCUCAGCCGAUGUUGGAACAUGUCAGGGUUCACCCGGAGCUGGUCACGGGGACUCAGGACUACGAACUAGACCCCUCAAGGUGAGUUCUAGUCCAGUAAUUUGUCAUUUAACAUAAAGAGCGUUCAGGAAGUGAUGCUGAUGUGUCAGCAGCAGCUUUAGAAAAAUGAAUAGGUCCGAAUGAAAUACUGAUUAUGUUCAAACUGACUCUGUGUCUGUCCCAGGUGGAGGUGUUAUGAGGUCCAUGACAUCGUGAUCGAGUGCUCCAGAGUGUCUCUGGAUCCACUGGAGUCUUCAUGUGAGGAGGAAAUUUACUCCUCCCUCAGGGAUCCUCCCCCCUCCUCACCCAGACAGCCCCCACUCUCCUCCCCGCUUCCUCAUAUGAACUUCAGCCCAGAGAGUGUCAGCAGCUCAGGUCAGACACACACACAAACACACACACACUCGCACGAACAAACACAGUGUUGAAUUAUAAUAGUGUGAUACCCAAUUAAAACUUGAGUACCCGCCCACUUCUACCUGGUGGAAGUCUUUACCACAUCUUUUCAGUUAAAUAUUCUUAUCAAACUCCCUUCUGCUCUCGUUGCAUGAAGUCGAUGUUUUAGCUCUCUGUGUUGUUACAGUUCUGUUGUGUUGCUCAGGAACAGGAGGUUCAGGUGGUCGUCCAGCUCUGGCUCCUCUGACCCUCAACAGCUCAUACAUUCAGGUAUUGUCAGUCCUCCUUCACAUCCGACCUUUCUCAGCCCUUCCUCUCUGACUUUCUCCCUCAUUCAUCUCCUCUUGCUGUCUUCAUUUCCUGUAAUUCACGUUCAUUUUCCUCUCCUUUCCUCCCUGUCUCAUUGCCUUUUUUCUACAUCUGUAUCCUAAACCUCUCCUCUUGACCUCCUUUUCUACCUUUCCUUGAUUUUUUUUUUCUUCCCAUGUUUCCUUCCUGACAGCCUUUUCCUCCUUUCCUUUAUUCCCUUCCACCCUUCCCUCUCUGAUCCUUUUUUUUGUUUCACUCCUAUAUUCCUCCUUCAUACAUCCUUCUUUCCCCUCUCCUCCCUACCCUCCUUCUUUUCCACACCUCCUUAUUUCCUCUUCUUACAUUUACUGUCUGUUCUCAGGCUGAUGAUAUCACAUGGAGCCCUUCUUCACAGUGUGGUUUGUCAACGCCUCCUCCUGAAUCUGCUGCUGCAGGUUCCGCCCCCCUGUUGAGCAGGACCAUGUCCCUCUCAGGUGAAGCACAGUGACUCUUUUUCCCCCUGCUAUAAUAAUUCUACAGCCCUUUACUGCAUAUAGGACAGAUCAAGAUCUGAUCCCUUGGUCUACAUGUGGAGAUGCCUUGUGAUGCAUAAACCAUGUAGGUCAUACAGAGAUCUGGCGAUGUUUCAUUUGUGUUUAAAGUGAAAAGUAGUGAAAAUACUGAUUCAAAGAGGAGAAGUCUAUCAUCUGAGUUUUAUACUGCAUCCAAGGACUCUGUCUGUCUAAAAUCAACAUGCUCAGCCCAUUUUGAUGCAUGAUUUUAUGUCUCCACAUGGUGUUAAUGACACAAGUGGAAGAUGUUACUCAAGAGCAGUUCAUCAGAGGUUGUUAUAAUACAGAUGUCUUCUAUCCUGCCCAACCACAUUGAAGUUCAUAUAUCAUUUAUUUUCUUGUCUUUGGGGGCCUAGGUGUGAAAUGUGCCUUAUCAGCCACCAUCCCAUUUACACCUCAGACUGAAGAGAAACAAGAUGGCAGGUUGACUCCUGACAACAACAACCAGGUGAGAAAAGAAGUACUGAAACUCAAGCUAUGUCCUUUUUUUUUUCUGUGAGGCUUUUAUUUUGAAAGGGUCUCUUUCUCCUGCUUACAGUUGAAACAGGUUGCAGAUCUAGAGAGGUCAUCCAUUCACCCAAUCACAGAGAAGAAGGGACAGGGACAGAGGGAUGUCAUCAACAACAACAACAACAGUGGAGGUGAACGUCACAACAAAGAUGAAAAAACUGAUCAACUUAGUUAAUAAAACACUUUUCAAAGUUAAGUUCGCGCUCUUUCUGUCUGUCUCCAGAGGUCAGAUCAGUGCCCCAGCAGCCUUCAUCAUCCUCUUCCUCCGCUCAGCUGGUCCGCCUUACCUCCACCCCCAGUCAAGAUGAGUCCUACUUAGGCUCAGCCCUCCUCACACAUUCCUGCUCUGCCUCCUUGUGCCUGACCCCUCAUCACCCCUCCACAGAGGAGAGAAGUUCUGCCUUAUUUGACUCCACCCACAUGGACCAGAUGUCCGCCCCUUCGUAUGAAGCCCUGUUUGAGCUGGCUCUACCUCGAGCUGCUACACUUUUCAUCGAGCAGAAGACAAAGGUAAAUUAACCAUAUUUGAAAACCUUAUUAAGCAUCCCAUACAAUGAUAUGAUAUGUGUAAAUGUGAGUAAAAAUCAAUCAUAGUAAGAAUAUUAAAAAAAACACAACAUAAAAUUAUGCUUGCGACAAACCAUUUUAAAUCAAAGUGGAUUAAGGUGUUGUUUAUCUGUAGGAGGUCCUGGAGAGAGCAGCAGGAGAGCAGGAGAAAAAAGAGGAAAAUAAGGGGGAGGACAAGGAGGAGGAGCAGACCUCUAUUUCUCCUCUGGAAGUUUUGGAUCAGCUGAUUAUCCAGGGACAUGAUGCCCAUGAACACAUUAGCAGGAGGUAUUACAAUCACCAUGAAGAAAAUGAAUAGUAAAAGAUAGAAAAACUGUGUGGUAAAUAUUUGAGUAACAUGAGAAAGUAAAAGUUGAUUAUAAUUCCAUAACUACAUGUACAUUACAGUGAAACAUACCAUAACCGCAUCAUUCUGAACAUCAUAACUGAGUAGAUAUGAAACACUAGCUUCUAACUGUCUUGGGCCUGAUUUGCUGUCAUUUAUGACAGACGAUUCCUUAAUCUCUACUUCUAAAGUUGUUAAUUGGUGUGUGUCCUUGUAUAUUUUUGUGUAUCUAUGUGUGUGUUUGAUUGUCAGGCUGUCAGGAGUGAAUAAGUCAGUGGAUCGGAGUCAUUUUGGAGGUAAACAGCAGAGCAUGAAAACCAAAGGUACCUGAAACUAACUCAUUAACAUGGUUAACGCUCACUGAUUGAUUGGUUCAUUGAUGUGUAUUAUCAGUAUUUGAAAGUCUUUUUUUCAUCAUGUAACUCCUUAGAUUAGACUCUGUUUGGUGCGGUGGAUGUGCUGAUGGGUUCUGGUGUUUGAGGAUUGAUUACUUUUGCAUUUUGUUAUUUGGUAUUGAUUGAUGCUUCAGAUCAGCAUGUACUUGAAUGGGACUGUGACUGUCAGACAUGAAAUAACCAGACUAAUCUGACCUGAUCAUACAAAAGUAGCAGGAGACUGAAAUUGGUGAAUUAGUUUGGACUUGAGCAGCUUGUCAAUUUAUUGUCAUGGUGUGUUCUUCAGCCCGCUGAUAACUGUAGAUACCAAGAUUUUCACAUCUGAUCCUCCUAAUGUCAUAAAUCUGCUGCUCACUACUCUGACGCCCAGGACUCCUGCAGUGCCUCAAAUGCAUCACCGCAUCACCAUUAGACGUCAUUUAGAAUUGUUAAAUGCAGAAGAAUAUUCCGUCUCAGUGUGUACAUUAAGGGGACCUUGUGUUUUUGUGUGUGGCGCCAGGCCCCACCCAGGGGGAGGAGCUUCAGUCUCUGAGGAGUCAGCUGUUGCUGGUUCACAGUCAGCUGCAGUACGAGCGUUUUAAACGUCAGCAGCACGCCAUGAGAAACCGCCGCCUGCUGCGGAGAGUCAUCAAGGCCACGGCGCUGGAGGAGCAGACCGUUGCCAUGGUAACAUGCUUGUAAACACACAACCAUCUCACACUUGUGCACACGACCCUGCCCCGUGCCGAGUGUUGAUUUUCUGGAUCCAGAUUGUCCCAGCUGGAUUGGGUAUUCUCUGUGUGCAUUUCUGGAUGUUCAAGUGUGGUUGUGUGUUGCAGAAAGGUCAGCUGGGUGUGCAGGACGAGGAGAUACGCUCUCUGAGGUCAAGUCUGGAGGAAGAGCAGCGACGAUACACACACUUGCAGCAGGACACACACACACAAACCAAUCAGCUGCACACACACAACCACCAGCUGCUGCAGCAACAACAUGAGGGGCAGAGAGAAAACCAGAGGCUGCAGGUAAUCAUUAACACUAAAAACCCUGUUCUCUGAUACACACCAUGUUUACACACUGAUACACAUGAAGCAUCAGAGUGAUACCAGCUUCAUGUCCUGUACUACAGUCAGCCACUAGGGGGAGCUCCAAGUAUUUUGGCAUGUCGUGUGUUCUGGUUUAUGGUCCUGGACAUUGGCAACAACUAGUGGGGAAAAAAAGCUGAAAACCAUCCAUAUUUUUUUCUUUAAGGAAUCAGCUGUUAUACCAUCUCUCAUUGAGUCUUUUUAAGUUGUGGUGUGAUUGGUUGUUUCAGAGUGAGCUUCAGGAGUGUCAGAGCAGGCUAAAAGAAGUGGAGGUGGAGCUUCAGAAAGCCAAUAACAAGGCUAAUAAUGCAGAACACCAGCUGACCCAGCUGUCCCUCAAGGUAAGGUGAACUCCAGUAGGAUAACAGAAAAUCUGUAACGUCAAAGAGUAUGAUUGAAUAGUUUAAAACAAAAUUGUUUUUUUAAUCUGACUCAAACUGGUCUUAUAAAAACAUGGAUGAUGUGGUCAAGGAUGGUUCUUUUCUUGCUUGUAGACACCUUGAUUGGCUUUGAAGACAAGCAGUAUACAACCCUUUUGAUGUACCAUAAACCCAAGAGAUAGCAUACUUCUGAUUUGUACCCAAAGUAUACAUCAUAUCGUCUUCUGUGCUCUCUGUGCGUCUCCAGCUGUGCAGCAGUGAGCAGCUGCAGCAGCAGAUCUUCCUGUUGAACCAGCAGCUUGUUCUGCUGAGGGAAACAAACAGAGGUCUAAGCGAACAGCUGGAGGGAGGAGAGACGCACCACUGGACUGUGAGGACACACGCACAAACACAAUGUAUAUACUGAAUACUCAGGAACACUGUGGAGAUAAAAGAGGAUCUCCGUCUGUGAUAUGGUUCCCAUGGUGUCAACAUUUCUUCAACAUAACAUUAUUCUUACUGAGUCCUAAGCUGUGUUAUGGUCUUGGUUUUAAUGUAGUGACAGUAUUGAUAUCAAUGAUGUCUCCAGGAGAUGUCCAUGCUGCAGUGCAAUGUGGGUAAGGAAUACCAGCGACUGAAAGAUAGUGACGUCCAGCACAGGCAGAAGCUAGAAGCAGCCAAUCACAGGAUAACAGAGUUGGAGAACCAGCUGGCCAACAAAGACCAGCUGAUCCUGGAUCAGAAGAAACUCCUGGAUGAGACUAAAGCUCAGAGCAGGUCAGAGUCUGACAGCUGAGUGAUACAGACAUGUAUCUGUUUGUUGUUGUGUAUAUGGCCUCAGAAGCAGGGGCAGGAACCUGCAAGAAACGAAAACCCCUGACUCAUGUCAUGUAUGAGGUGUGUUUUAAUAUUUGACCAGCUAUUGUUGGUGUUUUGGUUUCAGGGCGGAGCUGUCGGCGUGUCAGAGUCGCUGCCUCGCUCUGAGGAGAGUCACCCAGACUCUGCAGACUGAGAUGCUUCACCUGUACAGCCAAGUCCAGCUGGACUCCCACAGCCAGCCUAAGGACGUCUCCAGCAGGUAAACUAGUUUGAGUGAUGUCAUGAAGAUUUCAACCAAUCUGAAGGCAUACAGCUGAUGACAUCAUCAUGUGAUGUCUUCCUACUUUCAGGCCUAACGGUGGCAGUGUUGCCUUACCAGCCCCUCAGGACAGCCACAAACUCCGCCCCUCAUCUUCCUCUGUUGGUAUUUUAAACGGUGGCGUGGAGGCUCUCUCCACCUCCCCCCUCCACCUCCCGUCCUGCUCCUCCUCCCCCCUCUCACUUUCCCCCAUCGAGUCCCCCCUGACUGUAGGCUCCUUCCUGGAGCAGCGGGCACGGCAGCUUUUUAGACCGACCAAUCACAGCCAGGGAGAGGAGGAGCAACCAGAGGAGGAGCAGCUGCAGGGGGAGGAUGAGGAGGAUGAGGAGGAAGUGGAGGAUCCUAAGAGAGGAAGUCCUCCUCUGAGUAGUGAGGUAGAGGAGGUUAGUCUCCUUGCAGGGAGUCCUCAGACGCAGCCACCAAGCCAUCACACCUGUGGACCUCCAGGGCCCCCUGCAGACCUGACGCUAGCUGUGCGCCAGCGGAGACAUGAACUGAGCAUCAUGGACUACGACGAGACCCUGCCUGAGCUCUGAUGGAGGGAUGGAAAAAUGGAUGAAAAGGAAGUAAUAGAGAGAGGAGGAGAAGGGUGACGGCUGAGAGAAAUGAGAGAGAUCUGCUGCUUUAUGCAUUAGCUAGCUACUGCUAAGUUGUUAACUAGCAGACAGUCUGCAGUUGCCAUCUUAUCUUUAUCUCCUGAACUACAUGACCUUCAGUCGCACUUCAGAAAAAUUAUCAUUAACUUAAUUAACCUACAGCGGUGGCUGACAACAGGCUUGAUAUGUCAACAGAAGCUGAGGUACCUGCUUCGUUAAAGGGAUCCAACAGCGAGUUUCACCUCUGUGUGGAGACGAUUAUAAACAAAACACACAACACUUUAAAUCCUGAGUUUCCUUAACUCUUACUAAUUUCCAACACUUGGAAUUUAUAGAGCUAUCAUUUAUUAUCACGUUUAUUUCACCUCUAAAACCCCAAAGAAGUUCAUUUCUCUUUAUUUAUCAUUUACUGGUAUCAGUUAGUUGGUUUAGCAGAAUAGAACUCGUCUAUUUAACAGCACUUUUAGUGAGAAGGUCUUCAUGAUCUCUUAGUAAUGGUAAUGAGAUAUCGACUGCGACUGAAGGUCCUGACAAUUUCAAAAGUCGAAAAGCUGGGAAAAUGAACAGCUCUGAAUUUUUAUUUUUAUUACUGACGAAUUAGCUAAGAAACUACUAGCUCUUAUAUUAACCAUGCAAGAUUAGCUGUAACAAAAAAAACUGCCUUACUGUUGCCAAACUCUUUCCCUCUUCUCUGCAGCCGGCCAUGUUCCUGGUUUUGAAACACAUCUCACAGUGCUUUAACAGCAUCACAACACUAACUGAGAUCUGAAUCGUGCAAUAAAUCCUUAAAAGGAAAAUAAUCAGUUUAUUGUAACUAUACUGUUUUGAUUUUUCCCAAUUACUCUUUUUCCACUAAGCUGUGUGACUUAAUUUCACAUAUUAUCAUCUUGUUAAAUCGAAAAGAUGGGGCGAAAAAAUCCUCCCAAGGUUGAUGUCAGUAAUUGGUUGUGGGGUUCCUCGGGGUUCUGUUCUUGGUGUUUUAUACUUUUAAUUAACAGCUUAAAUGCCAAAUAUUUUGUCCAUCAGCCACCUGGCCUCUUCUCUGGCAUGAUUUGGAGCAUUUCUGAAGCAUUAGAGCAUUGACCCCAGACAAACUGCCUGAUUUUGCCCUCUGGCAUGGACUUUGACAGACAGUCAUCAUGGAUUUUGUAACAACAUCAGGACGCUUUGUGACUCAUUUUGUUUCUCACCUUGCAGCCUUAAGCCUGUAAAUCUGAAUCAGUUCAUUUGUGAUGACACAUCAGGGCUUUAGAUACAGUAACCAGCCUUGAUCAGUUCAUGAUCAGCGAACUUUAUGCAUGUAGACUAAAUAUAACUGUUGUUGAUUUUGGGAAAGUAGCUCCUCAGGUUAACAGCUCAGGAUUGAUUCAGGUGACUAAAUGAAUGACAUUUGCCAUUGAGGUGUACUUUCAUCUUUGCAUUUACUUUGUUGUCAUUUGAAUAGCCGCACAUUAAAACCAGCUUGCCUUUGGUUACAAACUUAUCACACUGUACUUUUCAGCCAGAAACUGAAGAUGCUAAGUUUGAGUCAAGAAUGUAAACUAGAGUUACAGAGAUGACCCACAAACCAAAGACUUGCUCUGAUUACCUGUAGGACUGAAUCCAGCCAAAUGAAUGAACCGGUCUCUGGACAGAUGACAGUCUCAUGAUUAGUUUUUUUUCUUUUUAUGCUUCGGCAGCAACUCACUAUGGCAACUUCAGUGUUGUAAAGUUGCUGUUCUUCAAAAAACACCUGUAUCAGUGCUUGUUGCCAGUAGCUGUGUAUCACAAGCCUGACAAGAUGAAUGUUAAACUGUGAACACUAGAAAUAAAGACUUCUAAAAUCUCCAAA